AACGACUGCUUAUCUUAAAGAGAAUAAAGAUAGUUGUUUGUUGCUUGCUACAAACACGAAGUCACCAGUACUGGAUCAGAACUCCCACCCGUUAAACCCUCCAUUUGAAACUGCUUUCUCGAGUGAAUUUUCAGAAUUCAAGAUCUUAUCUUUCUUUCGUCAAUCACGAAACGCCAAUUUGGUUCCCAGCUAUUAAUCUACUAAAAAAAAGAGAGGUCUCAAGAAUUAAGAACAUCGAAAAUGGCAGUUCCAUAUCCUUCAUAUUUGUUAUCUUCUUCUCCUCAUGUUCAAACCUCCACUAAAAUGGCUCUCAGAGUUCGUUCUCCUUCCAUUCAGAGAAUUACUGGGCCAUCACAAUAUUUUGAAGCUUGCAGUCACAGUUUGAGUGUUAAACCCAAUCAGAUCUUUCAGAAUACUAAGCUCAAUGUCUCUUGUGCAAUAAAUAUGGCUGCAGGCCAAUCAGGUGACCCUGAAAAAUUUCAAUUUGAGCAUCUCUCAAGCAAGGCAAGAAAAUUAUGGGACAGUUGUCCUCAGCCAGUCAAGAGUUUCCCCUGGAACAGAGCACUGGAGAAUUUUAUUCAGCUCAUCCUUGACCUUGUUGUGGCUGUUAUCAAAUAUUUGUGUGUACCUUUACUGGCAGUUUCCUCCCUUAGUGAGAUGUCAUACUGUGCACAUCAGAAGAAGUUGUUCUAUGUUCCUUUCCCGCUUCUUAUUGGCAUUGCUGUUGCUGGGGCCCUAAAAGAUACUGCCUUGGAACUAUCUCCACGCCUCAAGGAUGCAGAAGUUCCAUGGCAUCUGAUUGCCAUAGCAAUAUUUUUUACCUUGAUCAAAUUGCCGGGGCCAUGUUAUCCAUACUGGGGACGCAUUUUUGUUCCACACAUUGCUAAUGGGGUGCUAUGGAGAACUCUGUGGUCUGCAUUUCUGUGGUUUAGAAGACCCAGAAAGGGAUCAGGAGCAGUGUUGCAACAAAAUUCAGCAGAUAGCAGUAAUUCUGAAACAAAUACUCUAAUUUCAUGAGUGAAUCAAGAUUGAGAUCAGACAUUCUGCAAGUUUAAAAGAACACUGAGAAAUGAGAGGCAAUUUUGAUCAGCAGAUUAAAGAUGAAUGAUAAAUGGGAAGCAAUUUUGAUCAGCAAGCUUGGUGGAUUGAUGUUUUGCAGUUGUUAAGAUAAAUGAUAAAGCAAUUCGCUGCUUCUAUUCAGUUUUUUUUCACCAAACUAUGAAAAAAGAUUUUGGAGUGGUGUUUAGAAGCUAAUUAUCUGUAUUGUUUCUGAGCAAUAGCAUCCAUUUAUUUGUGCUAAUUGCUAAGCUUUUCUUUUGCA